UCCAUCCAGCUACAGCAGUGUAAAGUCAUGGCUUUUCUGUGGAUCCUCUCUUGCCUCGCCUUUAUUGGCGCAACAUAUGGUUGUGGUGUCCCUGCCAUUACUCCUGUAAUUACUGGAUAUUCCAGGAUUGUCAAUGGUGAGCAGGCUGUGCCCCACUCAUGGCCCUGGCAAGUGUCUCUGCAGGACAGUACUCGCUUCCACUUCUGUGGUGGUUCUCUGGUCAAUGAGUACUGGGUGGUGACAGCUGCUCACUGCAAUGUCAGAACUUCUCACCUUGUGGUCCUUGGAGAGCAUGACCGCUCCUCUAAUGCAGAGAACAUCCAGGUCUUGAAAGUUGCAAAGUCCAUCAGGCACCCCAAUUACGAUUCAUAUAAAAUCAACAAUGAUGUUACCUUGAUCAAACUGGCCACUCCUGCCCAGCUCAGCGCCCGCGUGUCCCCUGUGUGUUUGGCUGCUACCAGUGACAACUUCCAAGGUGGCAUGAAGUGUGUCACAAGCGGCUGGGGCUUGACCAGAUACAAUGCUGCAAACACCCCUGCACUUCUGCAGCAGGCUGCUCUGCCUCUGCUGACUAACACCAAUUGCCAGUCUUACUGGGGGAAUCAAAUUACUGACCUGAUGAUCUGCGCUGGAGCCUCUGGCGCUUCAUCCUGCAUGGGUGACUCUGGUGGCCCCCUGGUGUGCCAGAAAUCUGGAGUUUGGACCUUGGUUGGUAUUGUCUCCUGGGGCAGUGGCACCUGCAGCACUUCCAUGCCUGGAGUGUACGCUCGGGUCACUAUGCUUCGCUCUUGGAUUGAUCAGACCAUCGCCUCCAACUAAAGCCUUUGCAGCCAUGAUGUUUUGACAAAUUCUCUGACAUCUUCAUAAAUAAAAAUCGCAACAAGGCAAACCAUGAA